ACGUUUUUCAUUUUGGUGCUACCUAUUGAAUAAGUCGUGACAAGCGGCGCCAAAAUAAACAUUCUUAUUUAAACUAUAUAAUAAUAAAUAAAAUAAUUAAAGAAAUCCCAUUCAAAAUGCUUACCAAGGAAGAUGUUGAAGGUUGGAACAAGGUAUUUGCCGAUUGUCAAAUAAAACAAAGUGAUUUGACGCAGCCCACCGAGGGGUUUCUCAUCAGAGCCUUGGUUUGUUACAUUCGACGCUUUGGCUAUAAGGUGGAACCUCCAUUUCCCUUAAACAAAGGAGAUACAGUGGAAAAUAAUCGAGAAAAUCGUUUGUUUCUCAUACGACUGGUACGACAAAUCGAUCAUUUUCUUAAAAUUACCGACAAAUCAUAUUCCUUUACCUAUUAUGAACUAAUAAGGCCAACUCCCAAAAAGACUUCGCACACCUUGUACAUUUUAUUAAAUUACCUCUUCUAUUAUAACAUGUACAAGGAGGAAGUCUUCAAGAUGGCCCAAGAACCCAUACAAAAAUUCCAUGAGCUGAAGGGAAUGAUAGAACGUCAACAACGUGAAAAUGAGCUAAAGGUCCAGGAGACCAAGGAACUCAAAAUGGCUGUGGAUGAGCUGACAAAACAAUUACCCCAACUAAGAACUGAACACAGGGAUUUGUCCAAACGUAAGGCAAGCCAAGAAGAAUCACUGCAAAAGUUGAAGGAAUCAUGUGAGGAGUUGGCGGAAAAGCUGAAACAUUUACAUGAACAAAAACGCAGUCUUGUUAAAAAAGUUGUGGCCGAUGAGGAGUCACAUGAAUUGCAGAAGCAAAUCGAUAAUCUUAAGGCCGACAUAGCUAAACACAAGGAAAUGGCCAAUGCCAGUGAAAGUUCCUUGCGAGAACUUUCCAACAGCGUGGAGCUAAUGCAGCGCCUUAAAAAGGAAAUUGAAAAGGCCACAGAUAUUGUACCAUUGCGUUUAAUCGAUCAGCUAAGGGAAACUAAUAAACAAUUGGAGAAGGCAAUGGCCGAGGAGCAUGCCGCCCAGGAGAGGCGUGCCAUCCUGAACCAAAACGUUGAAGAAGAACAACAAAAUUAUGAAACUCUUGUACAGCAGUAUCUUAGCAAGAAACAACAAUUUGAUGUAAAGGAAAAAUCACACAAGGAGUCUUUACAAACAUUGCAAGACGUGCUUAAACAGAAGAACGAUCAAAUUGCCAAAAUGGACAAUCAGGAGCAUGCAUUGGAUUGUCAAAUAGAAGAACAAAAGGAUAUAUCUGAGUACCUCAAAGAAAAUAUAACGGAAAUUUUGAUCACCUAUGGGGAUAAUAGAUACCAUUAAUAAGUUCACAUAGAAAGAAGCCAUUUGAAUUGUU